GUGGACACGCCGCAUAAAAAUUAUUCCGCACCGCUUUGGCCAUGCGAGCCCCGCAACUGCUGUCUGGAGCCGUCUGAACGUAUUUGACACCAGUUAACGGAGCGGGAAAUGUGAUUGAGCGAUAAUUAAGAUGUAUGGAAACCUUAACGAUAGCAACGGAGAGCGAACCUGAAUUGGUGACCAGCUAACUGCGAAUGGCCUGCCAGUCUGUUGCUGCUAUCAUGGAUGAGCAAGCCCUGCUGGGGCUCAACCCCAAUGCUGACGCCAGAUACAGGCAGCGGGCCAUUGCAUAUUUUGAGCAACUUAAGGAGUCUCAAGAUGCUUGGGAAGUGUGUGCAGAGGCCAUAGCCAAAGGAAUUUAUAAUGACGACCAUGUGAAGUUCUUUUGCUUCCAAGUCCUGGAGCAUCAGAUCAAGUACAGACAUGCUGGCCUAAGUGCUGUUCAGCAGCAGCUCAUCAGAGAAACCCUGAUGAAAUGGCUCCAGUGUCAGCUGAUGAAUGUCCAGCCUGAGAAGCCCUUCAUCCGCAACAAGGCUGCCCAGGUAUUCGCCCUGACUUUUGUUAUGGAGUACUUGACCCUUUGGCCCAAGUUCUUCUUUGACAUCUUGUCGCUGGUUGGGCUGAGCCCACAUGGUGUAGACAUCUACCUACGAACCCUCAUGGCCAUUGAUGCUGAAGUGGUUGACCGGGACAUCCUUCAUACACCGGAGGAAACCCGCAGGAAUACCUUGAUCAAAGACACUAUGAGAGAACAGUGCAUCCCCAGUCUGGUAGAGUCCUGGUACCAGAUCCUGCAAGCCUACCAGCAGUCCCAUCCUGAACUGACCUGCCAGUGUCUGGAGGUGGUGGGGGCCUAUGUGUCCUGGAUCGACCUAAAUCUCAUUGCCAACGAUAGGUUUGUGAAUUUGCUGCUGAGUCAUAUGUCUAUAGAGGAGCUGAGAGAAGAGGCCUGUGACUGCCUGUUCGAGAUAGUAAACAAGGGGAUGGACCCUGUGGACAAAACCAAGCUUGUGGAAUCUCUGUGCCAAGUGUUACAGUCUGCUGGUUUCUUCAAUAUUGAACAGGAGGAGGAUGUGGACUUCCUUGCCAAGUUUUCGAGGCUGGUGAAUGGAAUGGGCCAGAGUCUUGUGCUGAGCUGGACUAAGCUGGCCAAGGCAGGCAACGUAAAGCUUGCUGCAGAGACAUUGCAGGCUGUGGAGGCCAAGGUGCCGCUGCUGCUACAGCUGCUGGUGCACGAGGACGACGACAUCUCGGCCAACAUCGUGGGCUUCUGUUACGAAUAUCUGCAUGUUCUCAAGCAGGUCCCCCAACUGACAGACCAGCAGAAAGCAAAUGUGGAGGCAAUCAUGCUUGCUGUCAUGAAGAAACUUACGUAUGAUGAUGAGUACAACUUUGAAAAUGAAGGAGAAGAUGAGGCCAUGUUUGUGGAAUACAGGAAGCAGUUGAAGAUGUUGUUGGAUCGUCUGGCCCAAGUGUCUCCUGAGCUGCUGCUUGAAGCUGUGCGCAGAGUCUUCAGCAAUACCAUGCAGAACUGGCAGACAGCUCUGUUUAUGGAGGUGGAGGUGGCCAUCAGACUGGUUUACAUGUUGGGUGAGGCUCUGCCUGCCUCCCAUGGUACUCACUUCUCUGGGGAUACAGCCAAGACAAGUGCCCUGCAAGAAAUGAUGCGGACGCUAGUCUCCUGUGGCGUUAGUGGAUACCAACACACCUCAGUAUCUCUGGAGUUCUUUGAAACUGUUGUUCGAUACGACAAGUUCUUCAUUGUGGAGCCCCAGCACAUUCCACAUGUUUUGAUGGCAUUUCUGGACCAAAGAGGACUGAGGCAUAGCAGCCCUAAGGUCAGGAGCAGGGUGGCGUACCUCUUCUCAAGAUUUGUGAAAACACUGCACAAGCACAUGAAUGCCUUUAUUGAAGACAUCCUCACUAGAAUACAGGACCUGCUAGAACUCGCUCCCCCU